AUGAAUGUCUUACCGCACGACACCGAUACUGUCCCAAGAGGAAAGAAGUUGGCUUCUAUACGCCUGGCAGAUCCACUGUCAACCGCAAAAAUUCCAAAUUCAAUCACGGACGAAGAAGCUGCGUCAUCGAUGUGCGCCGGUGUGACUGCAUUCAAUGCAGUUUCUGAAGUGACUAAGGGCCAACUAGGAGGAUCAGUGCUCAAUAUCAUUGGUGUUGGAGGAGUCGUACGCGAAAGCAAUGGGUUUAUCGAGUCCAUGCUUCGUCUGACAAACUACAACUGGCACGGGACGUUGGGGCGGAGAAGACCUUCAACCAUUGUGGCGAGCGGAUCUAAAGCAGCCUAUGCAUUCGCACUGAGGACGGUAAAAACGCAUGCGAGAAUCAUUACUCUCGGAGUGCCUACUGAGCCGGUCCCUAUCACGGUGGCGGCAGACACUCGUAUGAAGAUUAAAUACGAGAAGAAGAAUUUUGUCGACAUGAAUCAAGGAUUCCAAGACAUGGUCGAUGGCAAAGUUGUAGGAAGAUAUGUUUACAGCUGGCAAUGA